UUCUUAGUUAGAAUCCAAAAUUCAAAUUAAAAGAUAACUCAAUAAAAUGGAAGAACUAGGUGAACUGUCGAAUUUAAGGAGAGUCUGAAUUGAUUUCACAGCUGGCUUUGUCUCUGGUGUAGUCUCGUUGUAUGUAGGCCACCCUCUUGAUACUAUUAAGGUCAGGAUGCAGGUUACUAGUGGGGAGAGGUGAAAAGGAAGUUUAGGGAUCUUUAAGAGUAUCCUGGCAAAGGAAGGGGUAAGAGGGCUGUUUAAAGGUGCUCUACCACCUGUGCUCGGAAAUGCUCCUGUGAAUGCAGUUCUGUUUGCUAGCAAUGAUGUUGCGAAAAGGACUCUGAAAGAUGUUGAUUUAUCCGAAGAGACGAAGGUGUUCUGAGGUGGGUGAUUCGGUGGACUGAUGUGCUGACUUAUAAAUUGUCCAAUAGAGUUGCUUAAAGUCAAAAAGCAAGGAAAUGUUGGAAGAACUAUGUCUUAUACAAAAAUAAUUAGAGCUGAAGGAUUCAAUGGGCUUUUCUCAGCUUUUGUACCUAUCUUAUGGAGAGAUGUUCCAACUUAUGGAAUCUACUUUUUCACCUAUAAUUAUCUGGCAAAGAAAUUAUGUGAGAAGCAAAAUCCUGACAGAAAGAGUAUCAAGAAUACUGUUGGGAAAAUGGUUGCUGGAGGCUUAUCAGGUCUAGUCAUUUGGACGAUAUCUUUCCCAUUUGAUGCUAUAAAGAGCUAUAUCCAAUAUCACCCUGGCCAUAGAGGCACUUUCAGAACAGCAAGAUAUAUCUACCGAAAAUAUGGAGCAGGUAAAUUCUAUAGAGGACUAGCUCCAUGCUUAAUCAGAGCUUUCCCUGUAAACGCAAUCGUGUUCAUCACAUACGAAGAAACUGUCAGCAUAUUAAACAACUACUUGUAA